AUGGCAUCCCAGUCGUUUGAGUCCAGGAAGCAGAAAAUUCUUGAAGCUUUAGCUCUUCCCGACGAGGAAUAUGUAGAUUUAUCUCCCAAGGGCUCUGUGGAUGCUGGGAUUCUCGAUCUGAUCCGCGAUAUAAAUCGCUUAGACGGCCUGGUUACAACAAGUAGUUGUGCUGGCCGAGUCAGUGUUUUUGCCGAAGGGGGAAGCACACCUACGGAAACCCCAGAAGAUGAUGAGAGACAAGAUGAUGGCCCAAGCGGUGAUGCCGAUAUACGCAAAGAGUCAUGGAAAUUUGCUUCUACGGGUGGGAAAGGCAGUGGGACAUGGCAAUUUGUCUCGCACGACCCCGUCACUAUUGGUGAUUCGGAAUCCUUUCUCCAUGAUCUAUUCGGCCUACACCCCGGAAACGGGGCUUUCGAUGUGGAAAAUAGCAAGGAGUUGACCCUUGUGCGCUUUCAUUUUGAGCCGAUGAUUCUCCAUGUCAUGGCAAAGUCACUUGUACAUGCUAAACCUGUACUAGCUGCAGCCUCCAACGCCGGAUUUCGUGAAAGUGGUAUUCAAAGUUUGCGCUGCUUGGAUGAUUCGACCGCUUGCCCCAUUGUCGCUGUAAGAUCAUCCGGUUUAGCACUGGAGUCGAUAAUUGGCUAUGUUGAGAGAAGCAACGUUUCUCACAAACAGGUUGCCCACAGCCUUGUUAGUGAAUCAUAUCUCCGAAUGAUGGUUUCAAUCGCGAACCAAAGAUUCCAAGUCAAUCUUGAGCGCAUGGGCAGGUUUAGAACAAAACUAUUGGCACAGUCCCUAGGGUCAUCAAGCCUUCAACCUGGGCAUACAGCUUGGGAGGAUUCCAGCCUUAGGAGGGAGAGGAAGCGUGCUGAGGGAUUAAAAAAAAGAGAAAUGCUCAGGCAAGCUGCUAAGCCAGGCUCUCCUACCCACGAGAGCGAGGACGGCCUACCUCUAGCUUUUAUGGCCGCUUAA